GCGGGCCGCGGUCUACUGUGCCGGCGGCUGAGGGCCGCCCGCCGCGCGGCGUCGCCUGUGGCGUUGCGGUCAUUGUGUCGUGACGGUGACGCCGGUAGUGGUUUCCGCGACAGCGGGUGCGGCUGCUUGAGCCCGGCCUGGGCUCCGCGGCCGCCUGGGGGUCUCAGCAGCGCCCACCCUUUCUCCUCCAGGACCCCACGCCAGCAGCGACCCUGAGCCGACAGCCGGAGCGACCGGCAAUGGCGGCCUCGACGGCCUCGCACCGGCCCAUCAAGGGAAUCCUGAAGAACAAGACUUCUGCGGCUUCCCAGGUGGUGGCCUCGGCCGAACAGCCCCGCCGAAGUGUCGAAGAGGAGCUGAGUAAAAAGUCCCAGAAGUGGGAUGAAAUGAACAUCCUGGCAACAUAUCAUCCAGCUGACAAAGACUAUGGUUUGAUGAAAAUAGAUGAGCCAAACACUCCUUAUCACAAUAUGAUAGGUGAUGAUGAAGAUGCCUAUAGUGACUCGGAAGGCAACGAAGUCAUGACUCCAGAUAUCUUAGCUAAGAAAUUAGCUGCUGCUGAAGGCUCAGAGCCAAAGUAUCGGGCUCGGGAACAAGAAAGCAGUGGAGAGGAAGAUAAUGACCUCUCCCCUGAAGAGCGAGAAAAGAAGCGACUGUUUGAAAUGAAAAGGAAGCUUCACUACAAUGAAGGACUGAAUAUUAAAUUAGCUAGACAGUUAAUUUCAAAAGACCUGCAUGAUGAUGACGAUGAUGAAGAAAUGUCAGAGACUGCAGAUGGAGACAACAUGAAUAUUGAAGAGUCAAAUCAAGGAUCUACUGCAAGUGGCCAUCUGCAAAACAAAUCACAAAGUUCAUAAAAGAAAUGUGUUCAGCAAUGCAGUCAUUUGUCAAAUACAAACCUUGUUACUAUACUACACUGCUUCUUGUUCUCUACAAUUCGUGACUUAUGUACCAAAAUACACACCAGUUAUAUAUUGCCAAGAAUUAAGUGAUAACCAUAGAGACUGGUUAGAUGGACAAUGCCUAAUUAAUGCAUAUAUUCGUGUGCCUCAUAUUUCACCAGAAAUACAGUGUAAUGUCAUUAGUCCAAAACUGCUUUACUUUUGUAAGAACACUGGUUAAUUUGUAUAUGAUAUUAUAUAGCUUUUUAUGCUUUAGAUAUUAAAUAAUGUCAUUGGGGGAAACUAAUUUAUUUUUGUCACUUCUAGAUGAUGGUACCUCUUAUAAAAUGUUUGGAGAGUAGUUUGAUGUUUUUUCUUUUAAUCAAAAGCCUAUUGGUACAGUGGGAUAUAUAGGUGGAUAAAUAUUUAGGCAGAAAGAUAUUUUUUAACAUUUAUCUUUAGCUUAUUUUGGCUAAUUGAGAAAGUGUUACUGUUCAUUUUCUGAUUGAUGACCUUUAAAAUUCCUGAUUUUCUCUGUUCUCAGAAGGAAAGGAAUGAAAUCUUUUCCAUUCAAACUGGUUUCCCCCACUCCCAACCACACUCGAAUAAAUUACCAGGUUAAAGUUG